AUGUGGUGGUGGAAGCAGUCUGACAAGCAGCGCGAGCGCGAGCGAGAGGAGAAGGAGAGGCAGGAGAAGGAGAGGCAGGAGAAAGAGCGGCAGGAAAAGGAGGAACAGGAGCGACGCGAGCGAGCAAAGCGCAAAAAGGAAAAGAGGAAGAAGCGCGCACAGCAACGGCGAGCAAGGCGCGAGGAGAAGGCACGCCAACAUUACGUGCUUGGGGGGAAAUGGUGUCCAUGGCAGGAUGAUUUGCUGCUGCUGGCCACACAGUCGGACUUGCAUCUCUUCUCCAUCCCAGAAGCACCCAGUCGUCCACAAUCACCCGACUUCUUGGAGCAGCAGCCAGGUCAAAGGUCGAGGCUUGAGCCAGGAAGGUCGCGGUGGAUCGGCGACGUCUCUGACCUGAGCGUCCUGCGACCCGACGAGCUGCUGAGGGUGAAGAGAAUUGGAGGCUACGUCAACUCCAAGCCCGGCCCACGCUGCACAUUUGACUGGUGUCCACGCAAGACAGAAGGCCGCCUUGUCGUUGCCAACUUUGGCACCGCAACAACAUUCAUCAAGUCGCUCAUUGAAGAAGAGACGCCUGGAACUGCCGAGCUGAGCGCUGCGUUGUCUGUGCACAACCGCGGCUACUGCACAUCCACCGAAUGGAACACUCUCAGGGACCAGAUUGCACUUGGGUACUCGCGUGAUUCGCGUCGAAGCAUUCUCGUCUGGGAUCCACGACGAUAUGAAGCCCAGCUGCCUGAUCUCGCACGUCUGCGGAUGGCAACAGGGACUGCUCGACAGUUCACCAUUUCGUCAAGGACGGGCCGCCACCGGCCAGUUGCGCUGCAAGAACUUGGCAACGGUCACGGUUGCCGCGACACCAAGUGGAGCCCCGCCAAGUCGCACUCCCUCUUUGCAGCGAUGACCAACGCCGUGAGCGUGUUCGACCUUCGCAUGGGUAAAGAGGCGUACAAGUGGCGCAUGAGCGAUGCGGAGCGCAUAGCCAUCAACCCGUACGACGAAAACAUGAUGGCCGUGGCCAGACAAGGCUGCAUUCACGUGUUUGAUGUGCGGCGGUGGCGCUCGCCAGCCAUCUGCGAAAUCUCGGCAUCGCCCGGCCAGGCCAUUGUUGACCUCCACUUCUCUCCAACCAGGUCGGACUUGCUUUGCUUUCUUGAGACGGGGAGCCCAUGGAUCCACACGGCAAAUGUCUUCCGCAGCUCCAUGCGGGAAAUCUUCGCCGCGCCAGAGAAGAAGCACCACACAUACGCACACGACAUUGGUGCAAACUUCUCUGCGCUGUCGUGCCAUCCGCGCCACAAGGCCCGCGUCGCCGCAAUCGCCCGCGAAGGAUUCGUCACGGACACCGUCCUGCAUCCAGCCAACGUCACCAUUCAAUCUCCAAACGGGUACUUUUUGCGGACGGACGAGAACAUGUUUGGGUUUGCGCUGAGCCGGGCGGGCAGCAUCGGCACGGAGGAGCGAUUUGCCGGCGUGGACACACAGGUGACGACAGUGGUGCCUGAGGAAGACAUGAUGGUGCGACGCCUGUUGCCGCGACCAAAGCCCCUUCGCGGGGCCGGCAAGACGGGGAAGGUGAUAGGCGACCGCCCGAGUGGAAAGGAUGUGGAGGCACCGCAAGCCCCGAACAAGGCCCUGCAACGCGUGUAUGAAUACGAGAAACAAUUCAUGCGCACGUACAAUGCGGAUGCGCCGGAGGAGGCAUACGAGCAGCUGCUGCAUCGGCUGCUCGACAUGCCCAUUGCCGAGGAAGAGAUCUUUGAGGACGCAGCAACACGGCGGCUGAUGGAGCGCCUGAUGGUCCCGUUGCCUCGCCCGCCGCGCAGGCUGCUUGAUGGUGGCGAUGAUGAUGACGACGACGACGACGAGUCUGAUGAGGACGAUGACGAUCUCUUGUUUGAGUACGAUGCGGCAGACGACACGUGGGUGAGCCAGGACGACGAUGUGCCGGUUGAUUUUGCCAUUGAGAUGGGCGACUUUGACGAGGAAGAUAACAGUUAUGCGGACACCAUCAGCUCUGCGUUUGACAGUGUGCGUCAUGGUGUUGCUGGUGGCGGUGGCAGCAUUGCUGAUCGUGGCGAUACCCGUGACAACAAUGACAACAACGACGACGACGGUGGUGAUGAUGAUGAUGAUAAUGAUGAUGAUGAUGGUGGUGGUGAUGAUGAUGAUGAUGACGACGAUGAUGAUGACUACGACGAUGACGACGACGAUGAUGACUACGAUUUCGAUGGUGAGGGCAGUCAACCUCACGGACGUCGUGGAGCUGGUGGUGUGCGCACCAAACGCCGCAGCAAAAUCUUCCAGCCUCGACCCAAGUCGCAGGCCAAGGUGUCCUUCCCGCCGACAGACCCCGCUGUUCGCAUGUCGUACAUUGGUGCGCGCAUGUAUGACCGCCUCGUCAGGGGAUACAGCAACAGCAAACAAUUCAUGCGCACGUACAAUGCGGAUGCGCCGGAGGAGGCAUACGAGCAGCUGCUGCAUCGGCUGCUCGACAUGCCCAUUGCCGAGGAAGAGAUCUUUGAGGAUGCAGCAACACGGCGGCUGAUGGAGCGCCUGAUGGUCCCGUUGCCUCGCCCGCCGCGCAGGCUGCUUGAUGGUGGCGAUGAUGAUGACGACGACGACGACGAGUCUGAUGAGGACGAUGACGAUCUCUUGUUUGAGUACGAUGCGGCAGACGACACGUGGGUGAGCCAGGACGACGAUGUGCCGGUUGAUUUUGCCAUUGAGAUGGGCGACUUUGACGAGGAAGAUAACAGUUAUGCGGACACCAUCAGCUCUGCGUUUGACAGUGUGCGUCAUGGUGUUGCUGGUGGCGGUGGCAGCAUUGCUGAUCGUGGCGAUACCCGUGACAACAAUGACAACAACGACGACGACGGUGGUGAUGAUGAUGAUGAUAAUGAUGAUGAUGAUGGUGGUGGUGAUGAUGAUGAUGAUGACGACGAUGAUGAUGACUACGACGAUGACGACGACGAUGAUGACUACGAUUUCGAUGGUGAGGGCAGUCAACCUCACGGACGUCGUGGAGCUGGUGGUGUGCGCACCAAACGCCGCAGCAAAAUCUUCCAGCCUCGACCCAAGUCGCAGGCCAAGGUGUCCUUCCCGCCGACAGACCCCGCUGUUCGCAUGUCGUACAUUGGUGCGCGCAUGUAUGACCGCCUCGUCAGGGGAUACAGCAACAGCGCGAGGAGGAACAUGAAGAUUACGUGCGAUGACUGGGAGGUCCACGCCGUUUGGGAAUGGCUGGUGGCCCAGGAGCGGAAAGGCGUGAUGGGGAAAUCUGCCCCGGUUUCCAUCCGGGACGUGCUGGCUGCAAACUCACAGUGGCUCUACCGCCACGCGCCAGGGUUUGUGCAUCCAAAUGCAACGCAGGUGACCAUGUCCACAGGACAGGUUCUGUGCGACCACGCCCCUCAGCGGCUGCUGAGCCUGGCGCUGUGCGGAUGGUUCCCCCCACGCGGCGCUGACCGCUACUCGCCCGCCCCGAUCAACGCGCGCCUCAAGGAGCUGCUGCAGCUGGGGUGCAUUGGCCGGGCCGCAUCCUUCCUCGCCUUCCACAACCGCCUUGACCACGCCCUGAUUGUGCUGACCAGUCUCGAGCCCAAGCCCUGCAAUGACCUCUUCAUCCUCUGCGGCACUGCCCUCCAAGCGGCCUCCGAUGAGGACAUACCAGCGGUUGCGGCGCGGAUGGAGCGCGUGGUGAAGGACCCGUAUCUGUUGGCGAUGCUGCAGCUCCUAGCAGACCAACAGAGAGCUUGCGAGGCCGUGACCAAGAACAAAGAGAUGCAUGUGGCCGAUCGCGCCGCGUUCCUGCUGCGCUUUCAAGACGACACCCUUGCUCUCGAAGCACAGCUCGAAGCCAUCACAAACGAGAUGAUUACUGGAGGAUUUCUGCACGGCCUUAUCUUCACGGGCGUCUCAGAUGCGAGCAUUGAGCUGCUGCAACAGUUCCUCGACCGAACACAUGACCUGCAGACGGUGUGUCUGGUCGCUGCGCACUGCAUUGGCCGCCCGCCACACAUUCUCUCUGGCGGGAGAAAGAAGCACGUGCUCACAGACGACCGCACAGACGAGUGGUUUGAUGAGUACCGCGACCUGCUUGAUCGGUGGCAGAUGUUCUCGCACCGGGCGGAGUUUGAUUCGCUCAUCACAAAGGUUGUGGACACGCGAUCAGGCGCAGCGCCGCCGCGCUCCGUUGUGCUCCGGUGCCAGCACUGCAACAAGUGCAUGGCUGGUGCCCGUCGCCUGCGUACUGUCCGCGCCGUGCUCAAACGCAACUGCCAGGAGUGCCACGCCCCCUUGCAGACAUGUGUCGUGUGCGCAACGCGCAUGACCAUCAACGCUGUGGCAACGGGGUCGUUUGAUGUGGGAUCACGACAUGGCCGCGAAGGUCAGGCGCCGCUUGCCCCAGCCAUGUUCACAUGGUGCCAGGUGUGUGGCCACGGCGGUCACGCAAACCAUCUCCUGCAAUGGUUCUCCGCCAACACGACGUGUGCAGCGGCUGAAUGCAACUGCAAGUGCAUUGUCAACGAUACGACGACAAUUCAGCGCCAGGCGCGACAGCUGUGGAUGGCGCUUGGGCUGCGAGUGUUUGGUGGUGUGGUGUGUGCGAUGAUGGUGGUGGCAUACGCCACGUCGGGCUUCGUCGGAGAAGUCAGUCUUAUCGCUGGGCUGGCGGUGCUUGUCACUGUGCUAUGCCUGACUGGAGUUGCCCCGCCUUGGCUGGCCAAUCUCUUUGCGCGAUUCAUCCGAUUCCCGCGCGAGAUCAUCGUUUGGCUUCAAGGCGGGCGUCCCUUCAACUACAACACCAUCACAGAGAACGUGCUGCUCGGCCGCUUGCCGCGUUCAGUCGCUGACAUCCGGAAACUUCAGGAGGAGCACAAUGCUGUUGCCAUUGUCGACAUGACGCAGCCGUGGGAGCAGUACGUGAAUGUGCAGGCGUUUGUGGAAGAGAAGAUUGUGAGGCUGAACCUUCCUACCCCAGACUACAGCUGUCCCUCGCUUUCCUCCAUUCAGCUCGGCGUCAACUUCAUUGAACAGCACAGACAGCACGGUGCGGUGUAUGUGCAUUGCAACGGCGGGAAGGGCCGUGCCCCUAUGGUUGUGGCUGCGUGGCUCGUGCGACACCAGCAGUUGACACCAGAGGCGGCGGAGGCCACCAUACUUGCCAAUCGACGCAUCACACCCAUGAGCAAAUGGGGCCCGCUCAGGGCGCACUGGCGCCGGCUGCACGAGUACUAUCGCAGCCACACCUCCUUGCAUGCAGGCACAAGCAGAUGACACGCAAGUGUGUGUGUGUGUGUGUGUGUGUGUGUGUG